AUGUCAACGACCGGUCUACCAGCGACUAUUUUACCUGGUGGCUAUAACUACUAUAGUCAGCGUACUGUUACUUUGGCACCACCAUAUAUAUUUAUAAUUAUUCUUGGUUGUGUUAUAAUCAUCCUUAUUAUCUUAAUUUUCAUUCGAGAAAUUCUCAAAUCUCGUGGUGUCCUUCAAAAUUGUUGUAAUUAUAAAGGCAGUGGUAUACAAUGUCUAGGCUGCCAGGAAUGUUGUUUAGCAUGUGCUGAAACAUGUGACUGUUGUCGUACAACAUCUAUUGAAUCAUGUCUCGAUGCCUGUUGUCCAAAACGCGGAUCUAUCGAAUUUGCUGACAUUAUUACUUGCGAAGCAUGUUGUUCCGGGCAAUGUUGUUCCUGUGGUGACACUGUUUGCGUUUGUGCACCUCCAGACGUACGAACAGUGAAUUGUUUAUGUUGUGCAUGCGAAUCACAGUAUCCUCAUACACAGAUGGACGACAGAUGA